AAAAAUAAUGUAUUCGUUUCAGAGGGUUGAAAAUGUAGGGUUAUUUCAAGAAAUUGUCAAUGUCAUUUGACAAGUCUUAUCAAACUUUGUAAUAUUUAUCUGUAUUUGAGCUAGAAGAAAUUUUCCAUAUGAUUUUAUGGAACUUUUUUGAUAAAGUGCUACAUAUUAAUUCUAAAAUUUAUUGACAUGACGUUGGAGGAUCCCUUUUUUGUUGUCAAAGAUGAGGUAUUUAAAGCUUUGAACAAAACUAGAGGUUUAUACUUGAGGUGGACAGAACUUCAGGAUGAGAGUGUUUGUAUAACAAAGGAUGAAAUUGAAUGGACCAACACAGAAUUAAAAAACUCAUUACGUAGUAUUGAAUGGGACCUUGAAGAUUUGGAAGAUACAAUUGAUAUCCUUUUUUUAAUACAUAUUGUUGAGAAAAAUCCCUCAAAAUUUAAGAUUGAUAAUAAAGAAUUAACAAUAAGGAAACAUUUUAUUGAAACCACCAGAGAGGAAGUAAAGUCUAUGAAAGAUAAAAUCGCCAUGAACAGAGAAAGAGAUCGAGAUAGAACUGUAAGACAACCACUCUUGGAUAGUAGUCCAGUAAGAGUCACAAAUAACCAUGGCACUACAAAAUAUUCCAAGUUAGAAAAUGAUUUAGAUAGUCCCCAAAGGCAUUUUUUAAAUGAAACAUUAUCACAACAACAGUACCUUACUAGGCAGCAGGAAGACCACUUGGAAGCAAUUAGUGAUUCAUUGGGAUCACUUAAGACUGUGUCUAGGCAUAUAGGGAUUGAGAUUGAUGAACAAGCUGGAAUGCUUGAUGAAUUUGGCACUGAACUAGAAAAUACAGACUCUAAAUUAGAUUCUACAAUGAAAAAGGUUGCCAAAGUUUUAAGGAUGUCAAAUGACCGCCGUCAAUGGACAGCUAUUAUAAUUUUAGUUGUUACUCUUAUUAUUGUGAUAUUUUUAUUUUUCCUUCUGUGAUUUUUUUUUACUUUUACCGAAGUUAAUCUUAAGUACAAACUUUUUAUUUUUUGUCAAAAGUUACCUA